CAUGGGCAAUACUUUUUAUAUGAAAUCGAAGCUUAAAAACUUUCCCAAUCAGCUGGCACUUCUUAGUCGUCUGGAAGACUUAAGACCUAGCGGUUGUUGAUAAAGCUCUGUGGAUAGAGAUAAAGACCGAUAGACAAUAUGAAGUUUAAAAAUGUACUGCAGAAACUCCUCUUGAGCUUGGUGGCUCUCCACCAGCUGGAUUUGGGAGAAGGCGCUCGCAUCCUGGCAGCCUUUAUCUUUCCCGCCACAAGCCGCUUCGUGAUCAUAAAUGCCAUCAUCCGGGAGUUGGUGAAGCGAGGUCAUGAGGUUACCUUUAUUACUCCUCAUUCCUUGGCCAAGGAAAACUUGGGUCCUAAUUAUAAGGAAAUUGUGAUUGGCUGGUAUCCGUCCUGGAACAGGAUGAAGGAAUUGACCAACACCAAUACUGUCAUAGAGAUGGCCGAAGUGAACAAGUUAACCUUCUCUCGAAUGGUGCACGUGAUUGGGCCAGAGAGCACUGAUUUUGCCUUUCAAACCCCCGAACUCCAGGCCUUAUUUAAUGCUAAGGAUAAAGAGGGAAAAUAUGAUCUCCUGCUGGUGGAACAAUUUGUCAACGAGGGGGCCCUCAUCCUGGGGCACCUUUAUCAGAUUCCAGCCAUUACCAUUUCAACUUUUGGCUACGCAAACUAUUUCAGCCAAAUAGUUGGCAUUAUCUAUCCGUGGUCUUAUGUUCCUUAUCUGUAUAUGCCCUAUUCCGACCGCAUGUCCUUGUGGGAGCGAAUUGGAAACGUAUUCAUGAGUAGCGCAGAUGACCUCUUGAGAAGAUACUCCUAUUACCCUGAGCAGGACGCCGUCCUCCAGAAGCACUUUUCCAAAAAACUGGAUAGAGUGCCGACUAUAAAGGAACUGGAAGCCAAUGUCUCUGCUAUUUUCAUAAAUAGUUACAUGCCCUUGGCAUCGCCAAGACCCCUCUCCUACAACAUGAUUCCAGUGGGAGGACUUCACAUCAAAGAGCCAAAGGCUCUGCCAGAGAAUCUCCAGAAGUUCCUCGACGGAGCCACUCACGGAGCCAUUUACUUCAGUUUAGGCUCUCAAGUGCGUAAUGCGGACCUGCCUCCCGAAAAGCUCCAAAUCCUUCUCGAUGUCUUCGGCAGCCUCAAGCAGAGGGUUUUGUGGAAGUUCGAGGAUGAAAAUCUGCCCCCCAACCUACCUGCCAAUGUGAAGAUCCAGGCGUGGAUGCCGCAGACCGAUAUUCUGGCACAUCCCAACGUCAAGGUGUACAUUGCCCACGGAGGACUCUUUGGACUGCAAGAGGGGGUGCACUAUGGAGUUCCCAUUCUGGGCAUUCCCAUCUUCGGCGAUCAGUAUUCGAACCUCAAGAGGGGGGAGAAGUCAGGCUUUGCUUUGGUCUUGGACUACAAGACGUUCACCGCAGACGAGCUUCGUAGUUCGUUGCGGGAGCUGUUGGAGAACCCCAAGUACCGAGACAACAUGAAGAAGGCCUCUAAAAUAAUCCGGGACAGACCUCUGGGAGCCAUGGACACGGCCAUGUACUGGAUCGACUAUGUGAUCGAGCAUCGAGGAGCUCCCCAUUUAGUUUCCGUUGGUGUGGAGCUGCCCUGGUAUCAGUUCUACCUUCUGGAUGUGAUCGGACUAGUUCUAGCUGUAGUCCUUCUUCCGGUUCUGGCUUUCUGUGUUCUUCUCCGAAAAUUAUUUAAGAAGACGUCUCCCAGCCCCAAGAGGAAAGUCAAUAAGAAUUAGAACCAAAACGUGAUCUUUAAUUUGUUAAACAAUGUGGAUACAUUUAAGUUAGAGAGUUUCCUUUUCGCAAUAAAUUUUGGAUAUUUUGUAA